GGUGACAUUCUGGUACAGAAUGACCGCAGUGCCUUGACCUGUACUUCUUGCCUUUGGCCUAAAAAUGAUGAUGGCAUUGUUCCUAUUCCCUACGUCAUAGAUUCCAGAUACAGUCCCAAUGACCUGAAUGUGAUUACACUCGCCAUGACAGAGUUUGACUCAUUGACUUGUGUGAGGUUUCUGCCUCUUACAACAGAAGAAGAUUAUGUCAACAUUACACCUGAUAAUGGCUGUUACUCAUUUCUUGGAAGAACCGGUGGAAGCCAGACAGUUUCAUUGGGUGGUGGCUGCGUCUAUAUGGGGAUUAUACAACAUGAACUAGAACACGUCCUGGGCUUCCACCAUGAACACGCCAGGAGUGAUCGUGACAAUUAUAUUGACAUCAAUUACCAGUAUAUCACUGAAGGAUACCAGGGUAAUUUUGCUAAAGCGGACACCAAUAACCUGGGCACUCCAUAUGACUACGGUUCAGUGAUGCAUUAUAGUGCCUAUGCAUUCAGCAACACUGCAAACCAACCCACAAUUGUCCCCAAACCUGACCCCAAUGUGCCUAUUGGACAGAGAUUUGGAUUGAAUGUCUUAGAUGUCGUUAAAAUUAACCAACUUUAUCAAUGCAGUGUCUGCUCUACUUUGCUUAAUAAUAAUACAGGAAUUUUCACUUCUGCCAACUAUCCCUUUGCUUAUCCUGAUGAUGCUGACUGCGUUUGGUUGAUCAGGGCUCCAUCAGGGCAGGCUUCACUAAAUUUCAGUAGCUUUAAUAUCCAGUCCUCUCCUAAGUGUGAAUCUGACUUCAUGAAGAUCUAUGAUGGUCCCUCUAAGGACUCCCCUGUGUUGCUGGAUAAAAUGUGCGGCAGUAAAGCCAUCCCUCCAGUCAUCGCUUCCACAAGCUAUAUGCUGGUCGAGUUUUUCAGUGACGGGGCUGUGGCCGGAGAGGGCUUCCAAGCUACAUAUAGCUCAGUUCAGUGUGGAGGAACCUUCUUUAACUCUCAAGGCAGCUUUACAUCUCCGGGCUACCCAGGGAAAUACAAUUACAACAUGAACUGUAACUACACCAUCACAGCUCCUGUUGGAUAUAAGAUUGCUCUGACCAUAAGUGACUUCCAUUUAGAAAUGAGCACACUCUGUAAAUUCGACUAUGUAAAACUCUUCAUGGAUGGUGAACAAAAGGGUCCAUUCUGUGGUGAUCUCUGCAGCUCUGUGUUUUACUCCAAAGGCAAUUCUAUGGUUCUCGUAUUCCACAGUGACAAUUCUAUCCAGGCGAAGGGCUUCCAAGUCUCCUACACCUUCAGUGAGUAG